AUGUUCUUCCUGAAGGAUCUGACGGUGGAUAAAACACUGGUUGUGUUUCUGGGUGCUGCUUUGCUGGGUGCGCGUUUUCGCGCCGGUUCCAAUGCUGGCAUGCUCGGCUUGGGCGGCCUACCCGGGCUGGGUGGCCCACCGACAACGGACGCGGAUGGCGAUGGCAUGGAGGGCAAUAAUCUAGAUGUACCUGCUGGCUGUAAUAUGGGACGACGACGUAGUCGUGCUGUGCUCUAUCAACUAUCUGGCCACUAUAAGCCGGAGAAGGUUAAGACGAAAUUGAAAUUAGGAAAUAAUUUACUACAUUCAACAGAGGCGCCUUUUCCCGAAUAUAAAACACAAUCAAUAAAAAAAUCACGUUUCAUUCUGCCGCACUAUGGCGUUUUUAAAGGCUUCUGGGAUUGGAUUAUAUUGGUGUCCACGUUCUAUGUGGCAGUUUUGGUGCCAUACAAUGCGGCAUUUGCCAAAGCGGAUCGGCAAACAAUGGUAUCGGAUGUCAUUGUCGAAGCGCUUUUUAUAGCAGACAUUUUAUUGAAUUUUCGUACAACAUUCGUCUCGAGCAAAGGUGAAGUGGUCUCCGAUUCAAAGCUGAUUGCCAUUAACUAUUUGCGCGGCUGGUUUGUGGUGGAUUUGCUGGCGGCAUUGCCAUUCGAUCAUCUUUACGCAUCGGAUCUGUACAAUGGAGAGGAAUCACACAUUCAUUUGGUGAAAUUGACACGCUUGUUGCGGCUGGCGCGAUUGUUGCAAAAAAUGGAUCGAUACUCACAAUACACCGCUAUGAUAUUGACAUUGCUAAUGCUUUGCUUCUCGCUGGUGGCGCACUGGUUGGCGUGCAUUUGGUAUAUCAUUGCCGAAAAGGAGUACAUGAUGAAUGAUAGCGGCUGGGAUAUAGGUUGGAUGCAUGCUUUGUCGGAGCGCUUGAAAAUACCCAUAACUAAUAUAACCAAUGCGGAAGCCUAUUCAACGGCGCUCUAUUUCACCUUCACCAGCCUAACAUCGGUGGGGUUUGGCAAUGUGUCAGCGAAUACGACAGCGGAAAAGGUCUUCUCCAUAAUUAUGAUGCUAAUUGGAGCAUUAAUGCAUGCCGUCGUAUUCGGUAAUGUUACGGCUAUAAUUCAACGAAUGUAUUCACGUCGCUCAUUGUAUGAGAGCAAAUGGCGCGACUUAAAGGAUUUCAUAGCGCUACAUCAGAUGCCAAAAGAGCUGAAGCAAAGGAUUGAAGAUUAUUUCCAGACAUCAUGGUCACUCAACCAUGGCAUUGAUAUUUACGAGACGCUGCGCGAAUUUCCCGAGGAACUGCGCGGCGAUGUGUCUAUGCAUUUACAUCGCGAGAUCCUGCAAUUGCCAAUAUUCGAAGCAGCCUCACAGGGUUGCCUGAAACUGCUGUCACUGCACAUUAAAACAAACUUCUGUGCACCGGGCGAAUUUUUAAUCCACAAAGGAGAUGCGCUGAACUACAUUUACUAUCUUUGUAAUGGUUCGAUGGAGGUCAUCAAGGAUGAUAUGGUUGUGGCUAUUUUGGGUAAAGGUGAUUUGGUGGGCUCUGAUAUCAAUGUUCAUUUAGUGGCCACAUCCAACGGCCAAAUGACAGCGACAACAAACAGCGCUGGACAGGAUGCAGUGGUGCGGAGCAGUAGCGACGUGAAGGCGCUCACCUACUGCGAUCUCAAGUGUGUUCACAUGGGCGGCUUGGUCGAAGUAUUGCGUCUCUAUCCGGAAUAUCAACAACAAUUCGCCAACGACAUUCAACACGAUCUCACUUUCAAUUUACGCGAAGGCUACGAGUCUCAAGAUUCCGAAAUUGGACCAUCCUUUCCUCUGCCGAGCAUCAGCGAGGACGAUGAGAACCAGCAAGAUGGCGAUGGCGGUGAUGAUGAAAAUGAAAAUGGUGCUGCCUCGGCGGCGACUGUUUCACCACAUCACAGCAUUGCCACCCCAUCACCCUUACAUGGCCGUUCGCCGCUGUUGGGCAUGAAUAGUCCACGCUUGAUAAAACUUCAUCCACGCGGUCGCUCACUAAUCACACUGCGUGAGCGUGUGGAACGCCAGCGUUCGCUCAAUAUAACAUCCAGUUUGGAUACGGGUUCGAUGGAUGAAGAUAUGAAUGCAGAAGAGUGUGAUGAAGAUGUGCGUAGCUUGAAGAAAAAACCUUCGAUGGAGCGUUUAGAUUCGCAGGUGUCGACGCUGCAUAACGAUGUAGCACAGCUGGGUCUGGAAGUACGCAACGCCAUACAGGCGUUGCAAGAGAUGACUUUUUCGACUAUGGCCUCGCAGGUAAGCUUGAAAUUUCCACCCGCGCGCUCUAUACCCAACAUCUGCGGCAAUGGCAGCGACGCUGUGGGCGUGGGUAGCACUCUGCGCUUCGUGGCGAGUAGCAGUGAUGAUAUGUCGCUGCAACGCUCCUCAUCGCAUCCGCCGGAGAUAUGGGGACGUGAAAUGCAAUUGCCUUUAGGCAGUGGCGCAGUGGUGUCAGGAAGUGUAACCGCCGGUGAGUGUGGUGCGGAAGGACGCAUAAGUGCUAGUGGCAGCGCUAAGACUAAUUCGCCAGCGGCGCCAGAAGUACCGAAAAUGUCGCGUGCUACACAAACUGAUUUCUACAAAAUAGACUUUCCGGUAUUCGAGCGUUUUGUGUUGGCCAAUCCGCGGCUAGUGCUCGGACUACUGGGCAUUGAUCCUGCGAUAAAGACUGAAAUUGAAUUGCUACAACAACAGCAGACGCUGCAAGUAUCCCCGCUGAAUACCAUCGAGGAGGUGAUAUCACCCGCCGAAGGCCCCAGCUCGAUUACCAGCUCCAAGGAGCACUUGCUAGGUGACAAUGACAAUGGCUGCAAUGGAAAGUCAUAUGCGCCGAUUGAUGAUGAGAACUGCAAUGACUACCGCUGGUCCAUGAAAUAUUCUGUUAGCAAAAGUAGCAACUGCUGUCGCUCCACCGAAGCACUUCUGCAGCCAAUUGAGGAGCAGCAAGAACGCCUGCAGCACGCCAAUACAUCAAAGCAUCGCACGCCACAAUCGCCGCCCGCACGCUACGAACACUACAUGUCGACUGCAACAAAUGCGACGACAAUCAUAACAGCAACGGCAGUAACAACGUCGGCAAGUGAACAAGCGACGAACUUGCGUGUGGUUAGCGAAGCGGAAAGACCAACAGCUGCAACAGCGUCACAUCGUUCGGCACGGCGUAACUCAAACCAAAAUAACUCCAGUUACAGCCAACAUCACAGCAACAGUAACAGUAGUCUCUCCAGCAAUGCGUCUACACACUCGAACAGUAGUAACAGUCCGCCGGCGCCCAACCUAGCUGGCGUACUUGGACAUAAUGGGCCAGUCAGUGGCGCAGUAGCUACAGCAGGAGGCGCAGUUGUAGGAGGAGGAGCAGCAACAGCAGUAAGCGGUGGCAAUAGCAAUGCGCCAAGUAACAAUAGUAGUAGGCGCUCCUCUUGGAAGCUACAUCGUUCACACAGCGGCGACUAUAAGCGGCUGCCUGAGGCGCUCGAAGAUUCCCCACCCGGCAAAAUAAUCACAGCUGCCGCCGGAACAACCACAACAUCUGUGACACAUUACGCAUACAGUGGCACAGGGGCAGCCGAUGAACAUCUCGAACUUUUGGCUAGUAGGCGUUCAUCACGUGCCAGUUGUGCGUCAGUUGUUAGCGCGUCGACGGAGGCGGCGGUUGUGAACAAGCGUAAUAGUUUGAAUGCGAAUCGCUCUUUGCUGAGUGUAAGCGCUGGCAUAGGCGGUGCAAAUGGCGGCCAUGCUCAUACGAGUUAUCGCUUCUCUGCCGGUGAUGCUGACAAAUUGGAGAAAGGCUUAAAAGGUUUGCCAUCUACGCGGUCGCUAAGGGAUGCGAGUGUGAAUUAGGAGAUAAGGCAAAGGUAGCACAUGGCAGACGGAAAAUGCGAUUAAAGAAAUAGAGUAGGAGGGUAUGUUAAUAGAAUGAGAUACUCCUGUGCACGUGUGUGAAAAUAACUAGAUAUACCUAAAUCAAAGACAAAGUAGUUAUGUGUAAGAGAGAGUCAGAGAAAAAGCUUGAUCGUGAGAUACAUAUGUAAAUAUAUGGAAGAAAUGGCCGCUUGAGAGA